GUUCAUCCUAAGUUCCACUAUAAACAGGCUCAUGACUCAGGCACAGACACUUCUUGCGUGACUUUUUCCUAUGAUGGUAAUGUCCUUGCCUCUCGUGGAGGUGACGAUUCAUUAAAAUUAUGGGACAUCCGACAAUUUAACAAGCCACUUUUUUCAGCCUCAGGUCUUCCCACCAUGUUCCCAAUGACUGAUUGCUGUUUCAGUCCAGAUGAUAAGCUCAUAGUCACUGGUACAUCUGUUCAAAGAGGAUGUGGCAGCGGCAAACUUGUUUUCUUUGAGCGUAGGACUUUCCAAAGGGUGUAUGAAAUAGACAUCACAGAUGCGAGUGUUGUUCGCUGCCUGUGGCAUCCAAAGCUGAACCAAAUCAUGGUUGGAACUGGAAAUGGAUUGGCUAAAGUCUAUUACGACCCCAACAAGAGUCAGAGGGGAGCAAAAUUAUGUGUGGUUAAAACCCAGCGGAAGGCAAAACAAGCUGAGACUCUAACUCAGGACUACAUCAUCACCCCUCAUGCCUUGCCUAUGUUCCGUGAGCCCCGCCAACGGAGUACAAGGAAACAGCUGGAGAAGGACAGACUGGAUCCCCUGAAGUCGCAUAAACCCGAACCUCCUGUAGCAGGCCCAGGUCGUGGCGGCCGAGUUGGAACCCACGGGGGCACUCUCUCUUCCUAUAUUGUGAAGAACAUUGCUUUGGACAAGACCGAUGACAGUAAUCCUCGGGAAGCCAUUUUGCGUCAUGCCAAAGCAGCAGAAGACAACCCAUAUUGGGUUUCUCCAGCAUAUUCCAAGACUCAGCCCAAAACCAUGUUUGCCCAAGUUGAAUCUGAUGAUGAGGAAGCAAAGAAUGAGCCAGAAUGGAAAAAACGUAAAAUUUGAAGAAUCUCAUUUGAAAGCUGUUUGCAUGAGUGGGAGGGAUAUGGGACAGGUUUGAGGUGUUUUUUUUUUUUAUGCUCUUGAAAUUAAAAAUUCAUUUUUAUGAA